AAGACGAGGGAACCUACGAUCGAAUUAUGAUGAUCAAUCAGUGGCAAUCGAUGAUGGACAACCUGAGUGACAUUUAUUAUCUCGUGCGGUUGAUAAUCCGUCAAGUUUCCAUAUACUUACGAGAUGUGAUUCUCUAUAAAGUGUUCUGGUUGGCAACAAACGACAACUUCGAUUCUUCGGAUACGAAACUUCGUGUCACGUUGAGGAAUAUUACAACAGAUGUCGUAGCUUUUUCGGUUAUCUGUGCCGUUCUUUUUCUCCUCGUGGUUCUCGCGUCGAAGUAUGAAAAGGAUGAAAACCAACUUUUUACACCUGUGGGAAUAGAAACGUUAGUUUAUACAAUGAAUUAUUAUGAGUCACAGUAGAUCACCCACAGGAUUCAUUCUGCGUUUCAAACACGAAUUCCAAUACGACAAACUGUUCCCACGCUUGCGGCGAUUCGAUAUUACCGCGCAGACGAAUUUCAAAGAGAAA